AUGGCGAGUGGUUGGCAAUCCACAUCGGAUUGGGGACGUUAUGAAACAUCCAGAAGAAAGGAUAAUAUACUCCCUACGACAUCUAUCGGCGAGUGGACCUCGUUCCUUGCAGAUGAUGGUGGGUCAGAUGAUGAGUCUGAUACGGAUCCACCUCGAGAGCCUGGCCCUGAUGGUGUGAAAGUUGGAUUAUUUUUUGAAUCAGAGCCUGUUCCAACCAUACUUAAAGAUGUUGAAGGGGGUUCAGAUGAAGAAGAAGAAGAUCCACGAUUCAGGGCAAGGCGUGACCGUACAAGUUCGACAUUGGAUUCGGGUGAAAUUGAAGUUGGUAGGAAGUUUUCCAAUAAGGAUAGUUUUCUUGCUGCAUUGAAACAACAUAGCAUCAUGAACGAGGUUAAUUACAACAUGGUUAAAUCCAAAUCCGAUAAGUUUGAGGCCAAGUGUGUUUCACAAGAUCAUCCCAAGAUGGAUUCAGAUAUGAUUGCUAGCUUAAUACUACCGACGUUGAACGCAGAUUCGAAGACUUCAGUGUCGGUCUUAAUUACCAAUAUUUGUAGCCAAUUGAAGUAUACGCCCUCUUACCGUAAGGUUUGGAUAGCUAAGCAGAAGGCGUUUGAAAAGAUGCAUGGUAGGUGGGACGCUUCAUAUAAUGAAGUGUGGCAGUGGUGUCAGGUGCUGGAGAGAUAUGUCCUAGGCUGCAUAACAGACCUUGAAACGACACUUGCAUACUACAACGACCGAUUGCUCCGUGGAUGCCUAGUGUUCAAGCGUCUAUAUACCCAUCAGCUAUUGCUAGCUGUGACACAGGAUGGCAGUGAGAGAAUCAUUCCAAUUGUGUUUGCAAUAACACCGGAGGAGUCAGCUGAUGACUAA